AUGCCAAGAAUGAGCAAGGCUGAGACGAACAUUUCAGAAGCUGCAAAGGAAGGGAGAAGUGACGAAGUAGAACUUGAUUGGGACAGCUACGAAAAAGCAAACAAGAGAUUUCAUCUGAUUAGCUUAAAUUGGCAGAAAAAAAGAAAUAACAAAGGAACAAAACAAGAUGAGAUCAGAAGAAGCCGCACACGUCAAGACAGAGAAGAUGAGGAAAGUUGUGGAAAGAAAGAAAAAACAUCGAGAGAGAGAGAGACCAGAUAA